AUGUUUUCAAGAUUUUCAUCAUCAAAUUCCCCUCUGACGGCCAAGCGUCGGAAAGUCAGUCGGGCCUGUGACUUUUGCCGAGAACAUCGCGUCCGUUGUGAAGCAGCCACACCAUGUCCUCAAUGCGUCGCCAAUCACAUCUCAUGUAGCCGAAAGUCCCAGUCAAAUCUACAAAGGCUGCCUAACAAUGGCCGAAAACGGCAAUCGUCGCCCUUGGAUGUUGAUGUUGACCAAGAAGAAACAAUCUCGACGCUUGAGCAGACGUUGGCCUCUAGAUCCAAUGGCCCGCAAGACGCAACAAGCUCUGCUCAAUUAACACCAGAGUCUCUCAAUGUGCCAGAUUCAGGCCAGAGAAUGGACUCGAUGCUUGGUUUUAUUGCCCGCAUUGAUGCUUUCUGCUCGGGCGUCUCACAACUCACCACGUCCAUGUCCCCUGAAGGUGAUGCUCCCCCGGAGUCCACAUCGCCCUUUUUAUCGAGUAAUUUCCAGGAACCUAGUCCAAUGGAAUGCAGUCUCACAGAGGUUCAAAUUAGUAGACUGCUCUUGAUAUUCUGGACUAGACUAUGGCCACAAGUGCCAAUAAUUCGUCAUGAAGAUUUGAGGUACCUUAGGCAUUCAUCGCAGGAUUCACCGUCACCACUUCGCGAUAUGAUCAUUGCGUAUUGCAUGCAGUAUGUCUAUUACUCGGGUCUCCAUUCCCGGAUUUUGGGUCUCGAACUUCAUCAAUUCCAGCAAAACACACAUGGGUCUAUGAUCGGCCUGCCGUACUUUCAACGAUGUCUGCGAGCAGUCACCCAGUAUAGCAACUUUUCACAGCCUUCUGUGCUCACCUUGCAAUGUUAUUGCUUCAUGAUACUCUAUCUGCUUGAUGCUGGGCAGCAUGCUGCUGCCUAUAAUAUGAUUGGUCUUGCCAUCCGAAUCGCCCAAUCGUUAAAAUCUAGUGCAAAUACCGGCGACCGGCCCCAAAAUUUGCGCUUGGCUUGGUGGAUGUUGGUUAUUCUGGACUUCCGUUGUUCCAGAUAUCUCGGCAAGCCAGUGAGCAUUCGUUUACAGGAUUUGCCAUGCCCCCCACAAGCCCGAGAAUCGGAAGACUUAUUGGGCUCAGAAAAUGCUUUAUACCAUAUUGAAUCUAUCCGGUUAACAGCUGCAGUCUUGGCUGUUCUCGACAAGACCGACUGCUAUCCCAUUAACUUCGUUUCAAAUAACCAUACCGCUGGAACCGAAGCCCAUGCUCAUGCGCUUUCUCACGCCUUGCACCACCUGCGCCAAUGGAAAUUGGAGCUGCAUAAUUUGAAAUCGCUGAGACAUAUCAAGCUGGACGUGGAAGAUACACCUGCUGAUCCGAAUGAAGAAAUCGAAAUUCAAGAUGCUUAUCUGAAACAGCCACCAAUGGAAAUUCUCCUAGCUACGCUGCUUGAGCUCCAAUACCACAAUGCUAUCAUCACCAUUCAUCGAGACUUUAUCCAGUUCCCAACUCAUCCCCUUGUUCCCAAGUCCAGUCCUCGGGGUGACGAGCAUAGUGCCACUGCUCUGAAUCAUGCUUUGGCGAUGAUCAGGCUUACACACCGCCGGAUGACGACUCAUGACGCUAUUCAUGGCAUCUCUGAGAUCUACCAGUACAUAUGGAAUGCAGUAUUGACUCUGGCUGGAUUUCUGCUGGCGUAUCCGUAUUGCUACAGGUGCCCAAGGGCUCGACAGUACAUCCGAUUGGCCUUGGAGAUAUUCGAUUCUGCCGGUACUCAGAAUACUUCCCCUCUUCGUGCAGCAUCACUGACACGUCAUCUAUGCGCCAAAGUUGACACUUUGGUGCAGAUUUUGAACAUUGAUCAACCUUGCGCAUCCUCUGGGGAAUCUGAUUUUGUACUAAACUCUACAUCCGAAACCGGGGCAGCAGGAGAUAUGUCUUCUUUUUCUGAUUAUACUGCCCUGGAAGUGGAGUCCCAACCACCGUCUUCCGCCCAUUUGAACCUGAGCGGGGAAUCACUGUGGUCCUGGGUUGAUUUUAUGAACGUGAGUGCUUGGCCAAGUUAUUGCGACGAAGUGAGCGAAGCUUUUACAGACCCUACAAAAAUGUAA